CAAAAAAAAGGGAGGUUAGUUUUGUGUUUGACUUUAAGUUGUAGGUCAAUUUUGCAAAAACCCCAAACAUAUAAUAUAAAUAGUGGAAAAUAUCCCAAUGUAUUAAAUAUUUGAUUGAACCCAACAUAAACAUUGUAUCAUAUUUAAGGUUGGUUGUGUUUGGCCUUGGAUGAUUGAUUUUUUGGGCAGUAGCGGCUUUUAGGUGUAAAAUGUAUAGAUUUUGGAUCUGGUUGUAAUGAUUAAACUUCAUAGAUAUAGCAGACUGUGGGUUGGCCUUUCCGACAUAGCUCACUGUCACCAGAGUUGAGAUUUUGUGAUACUUUAUCAAAAUUAUUAAAUGAUUUAAUAAUUAUCUAAAAGGCGAUAAAAUAUAAAAGAAGAAAACAUGCAGGGUCCGAGUAUAUAUUUUUAGUCAAAAUCUUACUCUGAUUUGUUAUACAUAUCCAAGCUUGACUUUGCCUUUGUAUGUUUAUGUGUGUCUGAAUAUAUAUUCUGAAUAUUACAUAAACAAUAAUGAAUCUGUAAAUCUUUUUUUUUAAAUGAAUUUGUAUAUCAUAAUGAUAAUUGAUUGAUUACUGCCUUAAUUUGUAUAUUCUACCCAGUGAUUUCUUCAUACGAAAAUGACAAAAUGAAUAAGUCUAAUAGUUUUGCCAUGGUUAUACAUAGUUACACAUAAUUAGAGACAUCGCAAAGGUAUAGCCGUACGCAUGUUUCGAAGUACUUGCAGUUUGUGAAAGAUAAUUUGUGGAAUGAAUGAAUAUGAGUCAACAAAACAAAGGGCAAUAAAUAGAGGGAAGAUGGGUCCAUCUUGAAGCUCUCCAUGAAACAUCGUCUGUAACUAUCCUUGGACCUUGACUUCUUGCAUCAUUGUGGAAUUUCUAACCUCUAUUACAAAAGUAUCUAAAAAGUAUGAUUAACUAUACCCAGGGGCGGACCCAAAAAAUUAUAAAACAUGGGGGACAUAAUGUAAUAACCAUAUAAAAUAAGGGCAUUUACCUAAAUUUUGACCAAAAAUCUUAUAAAAAAUAGAGUGGGGCACGUGCCACACCUUCAUCCUACCUCGGUUCUCCCCUGACUAUACCUGUCUAUCAAGUUAUGAAUUGAUUAGCUCCAGAGACAUAUAACCAAAAGUUACCCCAUAAUAGUUUGAGUUUAUUUCAAUCGAGUAAAAUUAUACUAUGUAUCAAUAUCCACCUCAUUAUGUGAUGUUUUCACAUAGUUUUUUUUUUGUUCCAAAACAGGAAACAUGGAUAGUAAUUUAAAGAAAUUAUAAUCACAUAACUAAUUUUUCUAGAAGCAUGAAUAUCAUCAGACCAGUAAAUUUUUUUAAUGGCGAAAUGGUGUUUGGGACGUGCAAAUUCUACACCACGUGCAAACACUUUCUAAACUUUCUAUAUAUAUAUAUUUUCAUAGGCUGCAUUUAACUUGAUGUGAUGGGGUUUCAUCAAAGAAGGUGUGCUUUGACCGCGAUAAGAAAAAUGUUAAUAUGUUUUUUUUCCGUAAAUUCAAUAUUGUUAGAUAGUAACAGUGAUAUGACAGUUUAAUAUUUGGUCCGUGAAGGCUGCUGGACUCUGUUAACGGUCAACAUGUCCUAACUAUAAAAAGAGUUCGUAUUUACGCAAAAUCGAUUACCAUGUGAUUAUGAGUGUAAUCAGCAAGGAUAUGAUGACUGUAAACAACUUUAUUUAGUUUAUACUGUUCAGAAUAAAUUAGUUUAUGUAUUUUGGAAAAAAUGUAGUAGUCAUAUCAUUAGCAUAUAACAGUCGUAUAAAUAUAAAUGUCCAGACAAACCAUCAAAGGUAAGCAUUUCUAGAACUAGAGAACCAUAUAUAAUUAGUGAAAUCAACGACCACUACUAAAAUGACAUAUAUCAUGGCGUCAGAAAAAAAUAAAAAGCUAGGUCGUCAUGUAUAUUUCAUGUAGGACCAUAUAAUAAAAAAUAAUAUUAAAAUUGACCCACUUCAGUGCCCCACAAAGAUAUAUCAUAUGCUCUGUAUAUAUACACACACAAGCAGGCAUAUCAAAUUACAAACAUCUGGGAGAGCUCUAAAACUGCAUUCUAAAAGAUCAUUCAUCAUCAUCGUCAUCAACACUAAAACUCUCAGAUUUUUUUUUUCCUUUAAACUUAGUUUAAUAAUGUCUGGAAGAGGGAAAGUGAAACAGGAGCCAAUGAAAGUUGUGUUCAUUAACACACAGUACGUUGAGACGGAUGCACGUAGCUUCAAGAAUGUUGUUCAAGAACUCACCGGUAAGGAUGCUAUCGUGGCCGCCGGUCCUUACGAGUCUCCCUCCGCUUACGCUUACGAUGGAGGUAAUAAAAGUGGCCAUGAUACUAGACGGCUUUAUGGUGGCGGUGGAAGAGGAGGCGUGGAGACGACGACGGAGUUUGAUAGAUUUUUCAAGGAGAUGCCUGCCAUGGAAGAGUUCUAUAAGCUAUGGUCAGAAAAUUGAGUCAUUAAAUUGCAUUUAUGUUAUUGGUUGAACAUUUUCAUGUUUUUUGUUGACAUCGAUUUAAUAUUUUUCUCCUUAAAAAAAUCAAAUCUCGCUUUCAUUUGCUUAGAUAAUGUUGUGAUUAGUGGAUUAAUCAUCUCCUUAAGUGGAUCGUCAUUCUGAGAUUAGGUCAAAUUACGAAGAUUAUAUUUUGACAACUCAAUAAUAUAAAUUGCAUUAUAGUACGGCCCAUUUCUUGAACGUUCUCAAGACCUACUUAUGUUUUUUGAUGGCCCAUAAAGUCCAAAGAGUGUGUUACUGUUGAUGUUCUAUAAUGAAAUUUCUUAAGUUUUUGGA